CCCCGCCCUGCGCAGUGACCAGUGACAGCCGCUGUUGUUGUGUCCAUUAGCAGCAGCAGCUAGCAACUCUGUAUCUCAGAAGCACUUAUCUGUGCUUCUGGUUAAAGCAUCAAAAUGCCUCUCUUUGAAGGUUUAGGGAGCGGAGGGGAGAAGACUGCCGUUGUAAUAGAUUUAGGAGCAGCCUACACAAAAUGUGGGUUUGCUGGGGAGACUGGUCCGAGGUUCAUCAUCCCUAGUGAGAUCCAGAGACCAGGCCUUCAGCAGCCCAUCAAAGUAGUACAGUACAACAUCAACACAGAGGAACUCUACACCAUCCUGAAGGAGUUCAUUCACACAUUGUACUUCAGGCAUCUUCUGGUCAACCCUCGGGACAGGAGAGUGGUAAUCAUCGAGUCCAUUCUCUGCCCCUCACACUUCCGAGAAACCCUCACCAAAGUCUUCUUCAAGCAGUUUGAGGUGCCCUCGGUGCUCUUCGCUCCCAGCCACCUCAUGGCCAUCAUGACGCUGGGCAUCAACUCCGCCCUGGUGAUGGACUGCGGCUACACGGAGACGCUCGUGCUGCCCGUCUAUGAAGGCAUCCCCAUCCUGCCCACAUGGGAGGCUCUUCCUCUGGCAGGGAAGGCCAUUCACAAGGAGCUGGAGGGUUUGGUGACGGAGCAGUGCACAGUAGACACAGACUCCAGCCCUGGCCAGAGCCUGCCCACCGUCAUCGGAUCCAUUCCAGAAGAGGUGAUUGAGGACAUGAAAGUGCGGACCUGCUUUGUGAGUGACCUGCAGAGGGGCCUGAAGAUUCAGGAGGCCAAGUUCAACCUGGACGGAACUGCGGAGCGGCCAGCCCCUCCCCCUGAUGUUGACUACCCUCUGGAUGGGGAGAAGAUCCUGCACAUCAAAGGCUCCAUACGGGACUCGGUGAUGGAGAUGCUUUUUGAGCAGGACAAUGAGGAGAAGUCCGUGGCCACACUCAUCCUGGACUCUCUGGUGAAGUGUCCAAUAGACACGCGGAAGGCCCUGUCGGAGAACAUCGUGGUGAUUGGUGGGACGGCGAUGCUGCCGGGCUUCCUGCACCGUCUGCUGGCUGAGAUCCGUCUGCUGGUGGAGAAGCCCAAGUACCAGCACGCCCUCGCCACCAAGAGCUUCAAGCUGCACAGCCCGCCCGCCAAGCCCAACUGCACCGCCUGGCUCGGAGGUGCCAUCUUCGGCGCGCUGCAGGACAUCCUGGGCAGCCGCUCCGUGUCGCGCGACUACUACAACCAGACCGGACGCAUCCCCGACUGGUGCUGCCUGAGCACGCCUCCACCCGAGUCCGUCUACGACGCCAGCAAAGCUGCACCACCGCUCAUGAAGAGAGCCUUCUCAACAGAGAAAUAGUGCCCCCCACACCCCCACCCACAUAGCAUCACUCCCAACACUUGUGUAUAUACUGUAGCUCUGUGUAUGUUCAGUACUGAUAACUCAUCACUGCAUCACACAUAAGAUCAGAAGAGACAGUGACCAGCUCCUUAAAUGCCACCACGCUUCUAAUACACGCCUACGUUCUGUCAGGUUUGCUUGAGGUAGACGUAUUUAACUUGCGUUCUGUCAGGUUUGCUUGAGGUAGACGUAUUUAACUUGUAUCUCUGUGCCUCUUGAUAUUCUCUUCUGGUUUUUCUAAACGUUAUUUUGUUUCUAUAUUAUUUUAAGUAUUCUGUUUAAAUAAAUCCUCCCCUAAAGCUUGACUUCAGUCACACCACCCCCUGCGCCUCUGUGAGUAGUUCCCGUGUGCUGCCACUAGGUGGCGGCGAGCAGAGUGUGCAGGCGGAGUGAGAGAGAGAGUGAGAGGAGGGAGCGUGCGUCUGUCUGAAUGAGUCAGAGCUGCAGCUCCCAGCGUUCGGACCCACGUCUCUGUUUACAUUUCCCAGAGCCCGCGUCGGAGAUACGGAUCUCCCCUGAUCCGCUUUAUCUGGAGUUCCACUCCGGGAAAGUGGGAAAACUCAUGCCAGGGCACAGAUCAGCGAGAGACACAUGGGAUCUAUUUCCUACAACAUAUGUAGGUCAGCUCUCCAAAUAAUGAUGCCUUUAUUUUCUGUGCAUUGCGAGUUCUCACACAGAUGUUGGCAGCACAGAAUACAUCCAUAAAGAGAGAUAGGGCAAGUCCCUGGUGUUGGUUUGGAGAACGUCGUUAUGGCUCUCGGUUCUGCUUCUUAUUUAUUGUUUAGUGCUUUUCAUGAGAACAAGAAUCCCCAAUAUUGAUCUGGAUUUGGACCCGCUGCCCCGUGGCUUAAAUAAACAUUCCCAGAGAAAGUC